CCCCGCCCGGAAUCCACUGCGCGAAAGGCCUGCGCAGGCAUAAAAGGCCCUUUGUCCCAGGGCAGCCGCCGUCACGUCCAACAUGGCGGCGCCCAUGAGGCCAGCUCAGAGGCCGCCGGGGCGUCGGCGUCGCGUCAGCGUAGGCGUCAGCGCAGGGCAGACGCCCCGACCCGGUCCGUAUCCUCAUGGACCGUUCGGGCGAAUUCCAGAAGUGGAAGGCGCAGAGCCUCAGCAAGGCGGACCUGAGCCGGAAGGGCAGUGUGGACGAGGACGUGGUGGAGCUCGUGCGGCUCCUGAACGGCCGGGAGCAGUUCUUCACCACGAGCUCCUGCUCCGGCCGCAUCCUGCUGCUGGACGGGGGCCUCAAUGGCUGUGAAAUCCAGAAGCAAAACUGUUCCUGGCUGCUGGUGACCCACCGAAUUUGUGCUAAGGAUGAUGUGCUCUCAGCUCUGAAGAAAGCCCGAGGGGACGCCGUGCUGAAAUUCGAGCCCUUUGUCCUUCAUGUCCAGUGCCGGCAGCUGCAGGAUGCCCAAAUCCUGCAUUCCGUGGCUGUAGACUCUGGCUUCAGGAACUCCGGCAUCACAGUUGGAAAAAGAGGGAAGACUAUGCUGGCUGUCCGCAGUACUCACGGCCUGGAAGUUCCAUUGAGCAACAAGGGAAGACUGAUGGUGACUGAGGAAUAUAUCGAGUUCUUGUUGAAAAUAGCCAAUCAAAAAAUGGAAGAAAACAAGAAAAGGAUCGACAGGUUUUACAGCUGCCUCCAGCUGGCCUUGGAGAGACAAGAGACCAGUGGUCUGCGACCUGAGACGAACAAGAUGACUCAUCCCGUGUACACUCACAGGAGAAAGAGGAAAACAGAAAAAAUGCAUGGCCAGUGUAACUCUCCAGAGAAACAGAAAGACUUAGAAAGUGAGGAGGAUAAUGCAGAAAUCAGUCUCAGUUUUUUCCCUGAAAAUUAUUAACAUUGGACUUUAAAAUGCCUUUGCAGGAAGAUGUUUGUGGCCCUUUAAAUUAUUGCUCUUUAUAAGAGUCAUUUCUUUUGCUAAGUUCUGAAACCAAUUCAUAAAAGCAACAUUUACCAGUUACACUUCAGAUUUUGAAUGAAAUCUACUCUGUAAAAAUGGGCAUUUUGUAAGCAGCAUUGUACGAUGUCAGUGUGAAGCAGCUCUAGGCAAAGCCUCUCUAGAGCCUUUGGCCAGUCUUGGUACACCGUGGUGUGAAAGCCCUCCUCCCCUACCCCCCGCCCCAUCCCAAUAGCCUGAGCUUAUCUCUGUCAUCCCAGACCGAACAUAGAACUCCAGAGGCAGCCUGCCCAGGCCCAGGAGAGGACAAGAGGGUGGUCCCCAUCCUUGCUUUAGACAUGAUGAGUCUUUAAGGCAGCUUCUGAUGGCACAAGCUUAUCUGCUGCCACCUUGUUCUACAGACUCCUGGCAAACUUGUUGCUAUUAAAACACCCAGAUCUUUUUCAGA